CGCGCCACUUCUGUAUUUAUUGUCAAACUCAGUUCCAUUUCUCUUGUAAGUAUACUUGACUAUAGAGAUUUGAGCUCGAGCCAGUCUCUCCCAGCAAUCCGAAGAUGGGGUUGACUGUUGUGAUCAUAUUGGCUAGGAAACUUAGUUAGCUAAUUAAUUAAUUAAGCUCUUCACAUAAUGUUAUUAUUAAUUAAUAAUUAAAUACAAAUACGAUUCUGAUGUUGUGAUGGCUUUUCUUACAAUAAGCAAUAUUGCUGGCCGUACAAGUCGACGAUAAAACCCAUAAGUUGGAUGAUCCCUACUUAGAGAGCUACAAUAACACACAAUAACACGUGACCCAUCACUUGCUUCGACGACAGUGCAGAAGGGACUGGUGCUGAAAGUGCGUGCUUGUAUGUGCACUGGGACGAGAAAAUCUGACAAGUGCAAUCAAUAUACGUAUGUACUGCACCAUUGAGUAGAAAGAUGGCAGGAGGCCAUACCAACUGACUGAUGGUGAACUAAGAAGACGACUGAGGAAAGCACUAGAUGAACAGAAGUAUGCUGUUCUGUAUGCUGAGGGCACAAUGAGACCAGAAAUCGUGAAAUUGUGUUUUAUCGGUUCAGAAGGAGCAGGAAAGACGACACUCAUGGAGGCUCUCAAACGAGGAUUGUGGGAGUGGAUUUUCACAAAUGAGAACAAACCAGAUGACCCAUAUUGUGAAGAUGAGCGCACAAUUGGUAUUGACGUGAUGACAGUCAAAAUUCCAGGAGUGGGUUGGUUGUCACUGUGGGACCACGCAGGUCAAAAGCAGUUCCACAAAACACACGGUCUCUUCUUCUCUUCAUCCAGUUCGUUCUUCCUCCUGCUAGUGAGUCUAGUGAGAGGAACGGAGAGACGACUAUGCAGUGAUGAGGAGUUGCUAGAAGAGCUUCAGUACUGGCUCUCAUUUCUCAGAGCCAGUUUAGAUGCAGAUUUUAUACCCACAGUGUUGAUAAAUGCUAGUCGAGGAGAUUAUAAUACUAAAGGUCAAAGUAUGCUGCAGCGUGUAGUCAAACAUCUUUGUGAUGUAUUCAAAGGAAAGAUCCACAUCAUUCAAGAAUGUUUUGUUCUUGACUGCAGGAGGAGGAAUUCGCCUGAAAUGAGGCUACUGAGGGAGUUCUUUGUGAUUAAUGUUUCAGUCUGCUCCUCUGUAUCCUCGUCUUUGUCAGCCAGUUGUGUCCCAGUUGCUUCCUGCUCUUCGUAAGAAACAAGAAGAUCCAUUUAUGGAGAAGACGACACUCAUGGAAAGGAUUGAGCAGGAAGCAUGUCCAGGACAAGAGAAGAAAAUUGUGAAGAAGGUAGUUGAUUUUCUGGAUGAUUCUGGAGAGAUUGCUGUUGCUGGUGAUGUGGCAGCUCUCAAUCCUUCCAGUUUGCAUUACUAUGCCAUCGGUCCUCUCAUUGCUUCUGAGAAUUUUAAGUGGCAUGUGAGGACAAAGAGGAAGGAUGGCACAGUAACAAAAGAAGAAGCAGAAACGGCAAUCAAUGAUUUCCAGGAAGAUAAGAAGGUUCAUAUUCAACUCAACACAGAUAAAGUUCCCGCUAUAAAUGAAUCUAUUGGUAUCUGCUUCAAAGUGGAAGGCAGAGACAACAUGUACAUGUUUCCGGCUCUCUUGCCUCCUAAGGAUCUGUCUGUCAUGUGGAAGGAAGAUGAGAGUAAGAAAGUGUAUGUCGGUCGACGUCACGUUUGCAGCAGUCAGACGACCAUCUUCAGUCCAACUAUAUUUUGCAUGUUUCAGUCUAAGGUUUGCACUACAUUAGAUAAAACAGCACUUCUGUGGAGAGAUGGACUGAUCCUUUCAGAAGGUGAUAGAGAUUGUGAGCGCGUUAAGUGUUUGGUUGCUAUGGUAGAUCCUGUUCGUUCUGCCGACUUCGUGUGUCGUGGAGGUAAGGGAGCGGAACCAGAAUGUGUCUCACUGCUCGACACCGUCAUCUCUCUUUGGAGAGAUAUGUUAGACAAAUACAGUCCGGGCACUGAAUAUCAGACUCAAUAUCUCCACAGCAAGCAUUUAGAAGAACACAGAGAACUAAAACAAGUCGUUGCCUACAUAGAGCAGGAAAUCAAGGAAGCAAAGGCAAAGAACAAAGGGCCACGAACUGUAGUUAAAAAGAUAGUUGGUGAUGAGCUAGUGGAAGAUACACUUGGUAAUCUGCUGCUCUUAAAGAAUUUGGAAGCAGAAGAAAACUGUCAAUUUUGUCAAUCAGAAAUCUUGCCUGAAUUUGAGGCUGUAAAAGAUGCUGUUGUUAAGCAUGGCAGUAACAAGUGGUAUGAGAUUGGACUCAAGUUGGGACUGAACGAAAAUGAGAUUAGAAAUUCUACUUAUAACAUUCCAACUGAAGAUGGAAGGUUGCUGGCUGUCAUCGAAGCGAAAAAGACAAAAGUAGGAAAAAACAUUACCGCAAAGGACUUGUUGAGAGCAUGUCAUCAGAUACCCACACCUAUAGAUAAACAAGUGGAAGGCGAGUUGAAGAAAGAAAGGUAAUGGUAUACAUGUGCAACGAGAGGAAUCUAGGAUGGAAGCAAAACAUUGCUGCAAUAGUAUUUCCAUGGUUUAUCAGAAAUCAGUGAACAUUUUAUGAAUUAAUUUUUUUAUCAUCCUUGCCCUAUCUGUAUUCUUCCUGAAAGUAUCUGCACAGUGUGCACAU